CUCCGGGGUUCAGGACCAUUCCUGCAGCACUCAGUUGUCGACGUACAUGAAUGAUAGACACACAAAUACUGUAAACAAUGCGAGAAACAGCCAGCAAAACAGAUCAAAUACAACUGAAGGAGCGAUGUUUCCUUGCUGUCAGGAAACAUUUCGCUGCUCUGGCCAUUGAGGCUGUCCUUGAUCUUCCAACGCCUCUCAUCAAGGAGCUUCUUCCUCAUUUGACUGUAUAUCAACUGGAUAAGCUUCAGCCUGAGCUCAAUCAGAGAGGGAUAUCAACUUACUCUGAAUGGGCUGGAAUUUUGCAGAACAUUUGCAGUCCUAAUCAUGCAUCCGACUUCCACACAGAAGAAGAGGUCAAACAUGAAGUUAUGAGAAUGCUUUUUACACUUGUAUUUUACGGCUUCAGAAACGGCUUUGUAAGCAGAAACAUCACAAAUUUAAACACACCAUCUUUCCUGUGGGCUGCAGCUAAAUGUCUUAGACAUUUCUUACUCGUUACAAGCUUGCACAAGCCCCUUCAAAGUUUAACUGCUGAGCAGCGGCCUCUCUUGAACCUCCUAGAGAAGCGUGUCAGGAGUGUUGGUAUUUCGCAGUCCAUUGAUCUGUCAAAGAGGAAGACACAAACUGCGUUGUACGUUCUCCAUCGCCUGCUAGACCACGGGGUGGUUAAAAAACUUGUCAUACAGGUGCAGUGUCCCAUUGUGUUGGCCUGGCUCCUACAUGGAAGGGGAUCUCAGUAUGUAAAUCAUGAACUGAAGAACCUUAUGCACUGUAAAAAGGAAAACUGAGGCACUUACAGUCCAAGUCUUGAGACCAGGGCUUCAGAAGACAAGGAUGAUCAAGUCACUCCAUGCAAACGCUCCAAGUUGGACUCUGUGUCUGUGGACGGGGAAUCUGGAAUAACAGACUUUACUGUGGACCCACAGGCUCUCUGUCGAACCUUCACUUCAUGUAAUGGUCCCUCAGCAGGGGCUUGUCCAUCGGGACAGAUCGAGUGUCUGGAGAUCAGGCCGUGUGGGUCCGACGCCCUCAGAGUGUUGAACCUGCCCUUGCCCACAUUCUUCUGCCUUCGCUCUCUAACUCUUCACAGCUUUUCAACCUUCAGGGAUUCUGAUGUGUUGGGCCUUGCUAGAGCCCUGAAGCAGCUGUCUGAGAGCUCCUGCAGCUCCCUCACUGAUCUCAACAUUGGCGUCCUGCCGUACGCCAAGCUCGUAGGGGUCCUGCUGGACGCAAGCCCCGGUGUGACUUCUCUGCAUGUGGAGAUCCAAACUGUGCUCUGGGGACCACGCUUGUUACCACAUCAUCCCAGGACUGCUGAGUCACUAUAUGUCAGGUAUUGUCAAGCUUCCAGCCAAGUGAAGGCUGUAGCCCACACCACUCAGGCUACUUUGCUGAGUGCACAAGAGGACUUACUUAAGUGGCUUACAGCAGCAAAACCAGGCAUGGCUGACACAACUCCUGCAGAGCUGCCCCUGGAGAAGCUGACAGUCAAAGUAGCUGAACUCCAAACAGAUCUGCACUUCAUCACGUCUGUGCUGAGACGCUCUCCACAUCUCAAUUUACUGCACAUAGCUGGGGUGAGAUUGCCAUCUGGUUCCUCUCUAAGCCAGCUCCUCACCACUCUCUCAGAGUCAAAUCACUGCCUGAAGAGUCUCACCUUGGAAGACAUGAAGCUGUCUGAUUGUCUCCCUGAGAUCCUAAAUCUACUGAGAGACUGCAAGCUGGAAGAGCUGCGGUGUAAUGACUGCCGCCUUCUUGAGAAGUGGAGUGACAAGGAGGAGAGUUUGCAGCAGCUGAUGGCUGCUCUGAAGACAGUGCCUUCUCUCCACACACUGGGCCUGGCUCAGAAUCGGCUAGCCAAGAACGUGUGUGUGCUGGCAGAGCUGUUCACAGGAUCCUCACCAAGCUCAGUGAAACGACUCGACAUCAGCUCCAACUUCAUUCAGCCUGCUGAGCUGCUGGAGUUCACUCAGAGAUUGAGGACGCAUCCUCCCCCACACCGACUGACCCUUGACCUCAGGAAGAACCCAGGGGAUCGAGACCCCGACACAUGGAACGCUGCACUGAAAGGGCUCCAUCCGUUCUGUGUUCCUCUAGUUGAGGGAUGGAAAUCCACUGACACAAUGGUAGACCACAUCAGCAAUAUGUGAACACAGCUACAGGAAAAUCUGCUCUGACUCCCUGUAGGAGUUAAAUGUGGCUGUAAAAGCUGUAGGCUGUAAAAAAAAAAAGCACUUUAUGUUGAGUUUGUAAUUUAGUCUUUGAUAGGGGAGAAUGACUGGUCGGUUUGAGUUGAGUUCAGACAGUUGAGAUUGAUAGAUUGCAAUGACAAGUUUUCAGUGUUCAAAAAACCCUCAGAACAUUAUAAAAACCUCACACCUGCAGUGUGAGUCACUUCUCCACUGUCCAUCCAGGUGAGUGCGAGCACGUGGACUGAGCCUACAGAUGGAGAGCAGAGAGGUGAUGAACCUGGUAUGACAUUAGCAUUAGACAUUCUCACAGAAAUGUAUUAACAUUUAGUUUUUCUACUGUAAUUACAAUUUUUCUAUUGUAUUUACACUUAUGGCAGGACAUAGGUCAUUUUGAAUUGUAAUUAGUUGUGUGACACAUUUCAAUACCUCUAUGUAUAUUAUAUUUAUUAAUGUAACAUUUCAUUUGUACUGUUGUGUGCAGUUGGACAAUAACAGCACCUCAUGUUAGUUUGACAUUGGAAUCAUUUAUUAAACCAUCCGUUACA